GAUGGCUGUGCCAAAAACUUAACGCGGGUUAAAAAGGGCCGGUUUCUCAAGGCAUUGCCAUUGCCCGCGCAGUGCUAAUUGUUGGUUGUUGUUCCUUGGCAUUAUUCGCCAGAAUCGAAGAGCUCCCAAAGCGAGAACAACACUGAACAGAUUUUGUGUGCACAUUUAAUUCAGUAACCGAAUUGCCCUAGCAGUUAUACAAAGAAAAAUUUAAUACAAAAUGCCUCGCGCAAAAGUGGCAAAAAAACAAACGGCGUCCGAAUUGCCAGCAACAAAUGGCAAUGCUGCAUCAUCUUCAGUGGCAGUUGCAACUGACGGCACCAGUGACGUCGCUGAUUCUAUUAAGCAGCCACCCAAAAGCAAAGUGCGCGGCAAGAAAGCGGCAGCUGCAACGCCUGCGGAGGAAGUGAAUGAUGCACAGGAAGUGGAAAAUGUUGUUGCAAAAAAGACUACCUCAAGAGGCAAAAAGAAGCCAGCUGAAGAAAAACAAGCUGAAAUAAAGGAAACGUUGCCUGCAACAAAUGGUAAUGGUAAUGGUAAUGAAGCAACUACCUCGGCGGCGUCGUCCAAAACUAAAGCGCGCGGCAAGAAAACCGCUGCUCCAGAAGUGAAUGAUGCUCAGGAAGUGGAAGUCGAAGCUGUUGUGGUGAAGAAGUCUGCGGGACGCGGUAAAAGAAAGCCAUCUGAAGAGCCAGUCGAAAUGGCAGAGUCUGAGCCACCCAAACCAAAGAGUCGCGCUAAAAAGCCGGCAACUGAGGUCCUCGAAGAACCAACAACAAUUCAAACUAAAACUACAAAGUCUCGCGCCAAGAAAGAUAUUACACCAGCCCCCGUAGAGCCUGAAGAAAGCAAAGGACGCGGCAAGAAGGCGAAACCUGUGGUGCAAGAGGAAGACACUGCAGCAUCGAGCAAUAUCUCGGAGCCCAAAGCUCGAGCACGCAAAAAAAAGGAGCCGGAGCAAGAGGAGAUCACUGAAGUACUUCCUGCAAAGGGACGUGCUAAAAAGGAAGUAAAGGAGACGGCGUCAAAGGGCAAAGUCAAAAAGGUCGAGACAGAAAGUACACCAAGUACAGCAGCAACAAAACGUGCACGCGGCACAAAGCGUAUGGCAGAUACGGAAAUUACCGAAAUGCUGGAAGCAGAAGAUGAACCAGAACAAGAGACUAAACCUGAAGUGAAGACUGCCAUCAAAAAGUCUGGCAAGCAAGUGAAGACCAACGAUGAGAACGUUGAAGUUCCAGUCAAGAAACGCGGUAAGAAAGCUGCUAAUGAAGAGUCUCAACCACUAAAGGUGGAGGAGAAGGUGGAGGAGGAGGAGGAGGUGAUCGCACCCAACAAGAAACGAGCUCCUAAGCGAGUCAACGAUCCUGCGCCAGUUAGCAAGCCAGCUCGUGGUCGGAAGCGUGCAGCGGCAGUCGCUGAAGAUGAUGGGGAUGCCUUGGCAAUCAGUGAAGCAGACGGUUCAACAACGUCCAAGGUCAAAAAGGCAGCAACAGUAAAAGCAGAGGCACCGGCUGCUGGCAGCUAUGAUAAAAGUCUAUUCCCCGUGCCAACUGAGAAGGAAUUCAAUCUAAAAAUCUCUAGCUGGAAUGUGGCGGGCUUGCGGGCCUGGUUAAAGAAGGAUGGCCUAAAGUUUGUAGAUGUUGAGGAACCAGACAUUUUCUGUUUGCAGGAAACAAAAUGUGUGAAUGAUCAACUGCCCGAUGAGAUGACACGUCUACCGGGCUAUCAUCCAUACUGGCUGUGCAUGCCGGGCGGCUAUGCAGGCGUUGCAAUCUACACUAAAAUAAUGCCCAUACAUGUAGAGUAUGGCAUUGGAAAUGCAGAGUUUGAUGAUGUGGGACGCAUGAUCACAGCUGAAUAUGAGAAGUUCUAUUUGAUAAAUGUCUAUGUGCCAAAUUCAGGACGUAAGCUGGUUAAUCUGGAGCCACGUAUGCGCUGGGAGAAGCUAUUCCAGGCCUAUGUACAGAAAUUGGAUGCCCUCAAGCCAGUUGUCAUUUGUGGCGACAUGAAUGUAUCGCAUUUAGAGAUCGAUUUGGCAAAUCCAAAGGCUAACACACGCAACGCUGGCUUUACAAAGGAGGAGCGCGAGAAGAUGAGUGAGCUGCUGGAACUGGGCUAUGUGGACACCUUCAGGCACUUGUAUCCCACUCGCACGGGUGCCUACAGUUUCUGGACUUAUAUGGCCAAUGCGCGUUCCCGCAACGUUGGCUGGCGCUUGGAUUACUGUAUUGUCUCCCAGCGCUUUGUCUCACGUAUUGUGGACAAUGUAAUGCGUAGCCACUGUUUGGGUAGCGAUCAUUGUCCCAUAACAGUUUUUCUUAAUAUUUAAGUACUCCAUCAUACAUAUAUAAAAUAUAAUUUGUUUUUAUUUUUUUGUCUGUUUAAAAAUUAUGAAUCUAUUUAUACUUUUGUCAAAAAAACAUGUUUUUCUCUGUUCUUGUUUCUAUUACCAGCAAACUAAUGCUAUUUUUCCUUGUGCUUAUUGCUUUUUUAUAAUUAGUUAUUUUACUACUUUAUUCAUCUGUUAAAGCUUAAACAUUCGACUACAUUUUGUAUUUCAAUAAAAUAAAAGUAAAAAAACUACUUAAAUAGUAAAGUGGA